AUGUUCUCUCUGCCAUCUGCGCGGACGCUGCUGGCUGCGUGCCGGCCCUCGACCUGGUCGUCGCCGCUCAGGUCGACCCUCAGCUCGCCGUCUCCGGUCUUUGCGCGUGGUCGCCACCAGCUCGCGCCGCGGUCCGUCAAGUUCAUCAAGCGACACAAGGGGGUGCUGCCCAUCCCUAUUGGCGGCUCGAUCAAGGGCACGACGCUUGCGUUUGGGGAGUGGGGCAUCCGGGUGAAGGGCAAUGGCGCGCGGAUAACGGCCAAGCAGCUGAAGUCGGCGGACGACGCGCUGAAGCGGAAGAUCAAGACUAUCAAGGGCGCGAAGGUAUACAUGCGCAUAUUCCCCGACAUCCCCGUUUGCAUAAAGGGAAAUGAGACGCGUAUGGGUAAGGGAAAAGGCACGUUCGAGUUCUGGGCGACUCGUGUCGCGCCAGGGCGUGUGAUCUUUGAGCUGGGCGGCGCCCCCAUUCGUGAAGAGCUUGCCCGAGAAGCAUUGCGCCUGGCGUGUGACAAGCUUCCUACGCUCAUGGAGUUCAUCGACGCGAAAGCACCCCCACGACUUGGAAACCUGCUCGUCACGCCCGAGCUCAGGUCCACCGUUGCGACUUCUACGCCGAUGACUGCUCGGUAGUAGCCUCAGCAUAGACUAUACAUACAGCACAUAAUGGAGUAAUGCCUCGCUCG